GUCACGUUACCGCCCGGAGAGCCCGGGGCGGAAGUUGGGGUCCAGCUGGCUCCAGGUUGCGGGCUGAGAGUGGAAAGGACCCCUGCGGAGAGGCAGGAGUGCGGAGCCCGGUGCCGACUCCGCGCGCGACUGACGGCCCCGUGGCGCGCGCUGGGUGACAGGUACAGUUUCUUAAAUGGAGCUAACAUCUGUCUGCAGACCUGGUUUCGUCUGAUGAUUCACAGACCGCAGCUCCGAAGCCGGUUCAGCAUUCCCAGCGGCCAGGCUCGGAGUAGUCGGUCCUCAGGAUGUUGGACUUCCUGGCGGAGAACAACCUCUGCGGCCAGGCCAUCCUGAGGAUUGUUUCCUGCGGCAAUGCCAUCAUCGCUGAACUUCUGAGGCUCUCCGAGUUCAUUCCAGCUGUUUUCAGGUUAAAGGACCGAGCCGAUCAGCAGAAAUAUGGAGAUAUCAUAUUUGAUUUCAGCUACUUUAAGGGCCCAGAAUUAUGGGAAAGCAAACUAGAAGCUAAGCCGGAGCUACAGGAUCUAGAUGAAGAAUUUCGUGAAAACAACAUAGAAAUUGUGACCAGAUUUUAUUUAGCAUUUCAAAGUGUGCACAAAUAUAUUGUAGAUUUAAACAGGUACCUGGAUGACCUCAAUGAAGGCAUUUAUAUUCAGCAAACCUUAGAAAGUGUGCUUCUCAAUGAAGAUGGGAAACAACUUUUAUGUGAAGCACUGUACCUCUACGGAGUUAUGCUGCUGGUGGUUGACCAGAAGAUUGAAGGGGAGGUGAGAGAGAGAAUGCUGGUUUCUUACUAUCGAUACAGUGCUGCUCGGUCCUCUGCCGAUUCGAACAUGGAUGAUAUUUGUAAGCUGCUCCGAAGUACAGGUUAUUCCAGCCAGCCAGGAGCCAAGAGACCACCCAACUAUCCUGAGAGCUAUUUCCGGAGAGUGCCCAUCAAUGAGUCCUUCGUCAGUAUGGUCAUUGGCCGGCUAAGAUCCGACGAUGUUUACAACCAGGUCUCAGCGUACCCGUUGCCGGAGCACCGGAGCACAGCCCUGGCGACCCAGGCCGCCAUGCUGUACGUCAUCCUCUACUUUGAGCCUUCGAUCCUUCACACCCAUCAGGCAAAGAUGAGAGAGAUCGUGGAUAAAUACUUUCCAGAUAAUUGGGUAAUAAGCAUUUACAUGGGGAUCACAGUUAAUCUCGCAGAUGCUUGGGAACCUUACAAAGCUGCAAAAACUGCUCUAAACAAUACCCUGGACCUUGCCAAUGUCAGAGAGCAGGCAAGCAGGUGUGCUUCGGCCAGUGAGCGAGUGCACGCUCAAGUGCAGCAGUUCCUGAAGGAGGGCUGCUUGAGGGAGGAGAUGGUGCUGGACAACAUCCCCCGGCUGCUGAACUGCCUGAGAGACUGCAACGUCGCCAUCCGGUGGCUGAUGCUGCACACGGCUGACUCGGCCUGUGACCCAAACAACAAGCGUCUUCGUCAAAUCAAGGACCAGAUCCUAACAGACUCCAGGUACAAUCCCAAGGUCCUCUUUCAGCUGCUGUUGGAUACCGCACAGUUCGAGUUCCUACUCAAAGAGAUGUUCAAGCAGAUGCUUUCAGAAAAGCAAGCCAAGUGGGAGCAUUACAAGAAGGAGGGCUCAGAGCGGAUGACGGAGCUCGCGGAUGUCUUUUCAGGGGUGAAGCCCCUGACCAGAGUGGAGAAAAAUGAAAAUCUUCAAGCCUGGUUCAGAGAGAUCUCCAAACAAAUACUGUCUUUAAAUUACGAGGAUUCCACUGCUGCAGGCAGGAAGACCGUGCAGCUGAUCCAAGCUUUGGAGGAGGUUCAAGAAUUCCACCAGCUGGAAUCAAAUCUGCAAGUGUGUCAGUUCCUUGCGGACACGCGCAAGUUUCUGCACCAGAUGAUCCGAACCAUCAACAUUAAAGAGGAGGUCCUGAUCACCAUGCAGAUCGUGGGGGACCUUUCCUUCGCCUGGCAGUUGAUUGACAGUUUCACGUCCAUCAUGCAAGAGAGCAUAAGGGUGAACCCAUCCAUGGUGACUAAACUCAGAGCGACAUUCCUCAAGCUUGCCUCUGCCCUUGACCUGCCCCUUCUUCGUAUCAAUCAGGCAAACAGCCCCGACCUUCUCAGCGUGUCUCAGUAUUAUUCUGGCGAGCUGGUGUCCUAUGUGAGAAAGGUUUUGCAGAUCAUUCCCGAAAGCAUGUUUACUUCUCUUCUGAAGAUCAUAAAGCUUCAGACCCACGAUAUCAUCGAAGUGCCAACCCGCCUGGACAAGGACAAGCUGAGGGACUACGCUCAGCUCGGCCCACGAUACGAGGUCGCCAAGCUGACCCACGCCAUUUCCAUCUUCACGGAAGGCAUCCUAAUGAUGAAGACGACUUUGGUCGGCAUCAUCAAGGUGGACCCCAAACAGCUGCUGGAAGACGGAAUAAGGAAGGAGCUGGUGAAACGCGUUGCUUUUGCUCUUCAUAGGGGAUUGAUCUUCAACCCUCGAGCCAAGACAAGCGAAUUGAUGCCCAAGCUGAAAGAGCUAGGAGCUACCAUGGAUGGGUUCCACCGUUCUUUCGAAUACAUACAGGACUACGUCAACAUUUAUGCACUGAAGAUUUGGCAGGAAGAAGUAUCUCGCAUUAUAAAUUACAAUGUUGAGCAAGAGUGUAAUAACUUUUUAAGAACAAAGAUUCAAGACUGGCAGAGUAUGUACCAGUCCACCCAUAUUCCCAUACCCAAGUUUGCCCCUGUGGACGAGUCUGUAACGUUUAUUGGUCGACUCUGCAGAGAAAUCUUGCGGAUCACAGACCCAAAAAUGACAUGUCACAUUGACCAGCUGAACACUUGGUACGACCUGAAAACUCAUCAGGAAGUGACCAGCAGCCGCCUCUUCUCCGAAAUCCAGACCACGCUGGGGACUUUCGGGCUGAACGGGUUGGACAGGCUCCUGUGCUUCAUGAUAGUGAAGGAGUUGCAGAAUUUCCUCAGUAUGUUUCAGAAAAUCAUCCUCAGAGACAGAACUGUUCAGGACACUUUAAAAACCCUCACAAACGCUGUCAGCCCCAUCAAAAGCAUUGUGGCAAAUUCGAAUAAAAUUUAUUUUUCCGCCAUUGCCAAAACACAGAAGAUUUGGCCAGCUUAUCUCGAGGCUAUCAUGAAGGUUGGGCAGAUGCAGAUUCUGAGAAAACAGAUUGCCAAUGAAUUAAAUUAUUCUUGUCGAUUUGACUCCAAACAUCUGGCAGCCGCCCUAGAGAAUCUCAAUAAGGCUCUCCUCGCAGACAUCGAAGCCCACUACCAGGACCCUUCCCUUCCUUACCCCAAAGAAGAUAACACACUCUUAUAUGAAAUCACAGCCUAUCUGGAGGCAGCCGGCAUUCACAACCCACUGAAUAAGAUCUACAUAACAACCAAGCGCUUACCCUACUUCCCAAUCAUCAACUUUCUGUUUCUGAUCGCGCAGUUGCCAAAACUUCAGUACAACAAAAACCUAGGGAUGGUCUGCCGAAAACCCGCCGACCCCGUGGACUGGCCGCCGCUCGUCCUGGGACUGCUCACCCUGCUGAAGCAGUUUCACUCCCGGUACACGGAGCAGUUCCUGGCGCUGAUCGGCCAGUUUAUCCGCUCCACAGUGGAGCAGUGCACCAGCCAGAAGGUACCCGAAAUGCCUGCAGAUGUUGUGGGUGCCCUUCUGUUCCUGGAGGAUUAUGUGCGAUACACAAAGCUACCCAGGAGGGUUGCCGAAGCACAUGUGCCCAAUUUCAUUUUUGAUGAAUUCAGAACAGUCCUGUAACUUUUUCUUCUGCUACUUCUGCGAUGUAAGGAUUGUCCCUACACCUUCCCACUAUCACUAACUAAAAUGAUUUAAGAGGAUGAAACUCCACUGCUCACAUAACGGCAUGUUUUCCUCUUAUUGUGGGAAACACUGGACUUUCUGAGUAAGAUGACUCUCGUGGAAUUAGAUAAUAGAAUACUGUUUAAAACAUGAUAUUAUGUGCAAUUUCUAUCAUGUAGAAGCAGAACACAUUUUUGUACUGCCUCUUGCAAAUGCUGAAUGUAAUGAAGUAUAAAUCCAUUUAGCUUUAUGUUCUAAAGAACUAUCUGUGCAACUCCAGAUUUUCAGUAAAAUAGUAUUGUCAAUACCCAAA